AUGCAGCGGUACUCUGCGCAACAGUAUGAGGCAGCUUGGCCAACCACCCCCGAGCCACAUAGUAAUGCGGCCGAUCCCUUGAACAUAAAGACAGCGCCGAUCAAUGUCGCCCAGCUGUUCGAGGACGAGGGAGUCCGGAGAGCCUCCGUCGCGAGCAAGAGCGGAAAACGCAAGGCAGACUAUCGGCCUGCAUCGCUACGAUGGUGGUACCUCGGCAGCUUGAUCGCCGUCCUUGUCGCACUGAUCGCAGUUGUUGUCUGGGCCAACCUUGCGCUCCAAGGAUUGGAUACCACAGCAAAGAUCGAAACGCGAAUGGUUCAGCAAGCCCUGGAGGAGCGGCAGAACGAACCAACGCAAGGAGACGAACCUGCCGGGGAGACAGAUGACAUGGACGAGAGCAGCGCCACCGGUGGCCCAUCGACCGAAGCGGAGGAGGGCACGCUGACAACAGCGUUGGUGGAGGUGCCUAUCAACAUCACUUUAACGGGACCGCCCAUCACCGAGACAUUCACCACAACCACCGUCAGCUUCAUUACCAGCGACACUGUCAUCACCUCGACCCAGACCAUCCCUGAAUCAGUCAUCACACUGCCACCUACAACGCCUGCACCAUUGCCAUCUGGCGAAACAGCGGCCGCGCCACCUGCUGGAUCGGCUAAUGUCGUCACAGUUCCAAAAAAGACAACGGAGGUCGUUAUGACGAUACAGGGCGGCGGAUCAGUCACAACCGACGUUGUGGUCACGACCACCAAGCCCGGCAAGGAAUAUAUCGAGCUGGGCAAGACAACCAUCUUCUCGACAUUCACGGUCGACCGAAAUAGGAUGAAGAUACAGAACUCUAAGACCAGGACCCUUACGAGCGAGAUUGAGGGCAUAGUCGUGACGUCCGUGGAGACACCACCGCCCAUCAUCGAGGUCACCGUCGGUCUUGAUGGACUACCGACCACCUCGACGACGUUUCUGGCUCCCAUCACACGCAUAUCAUCGGUUCCUCCCACCAAGGCCGUCAUCACCGUGGUCUCGAUGCCGACGGGAGACACUAAUCCGCUCAUCAUUGUAGAGAGUAAGGAAUAUAAUCUCCGACCGGCCGAAGUGUUCAUGGGCAAGUUCCUCCCGCCUCUCGUGGCUGUCAUUCUCGCCCUGGCCGUGCGGGCCGUCGACAUGACCGCCAAGUUGUAUCAGCCGUUUGCCACUCUGUCCCACCCUCGUGGCGCGUCCGGCAGAGACUCGCUGACCUUGCAUUUCGAGGGCUGGAAGGGCUUUUGGCGGCCGUUUGGUAUGGUAUCCAAGGGCCACCCCGUCCCUCUCCUGUCCACCCUCGCCGUCUGGCUAUCGACAGCCUUGGCACCCGUGGCGUGUGAGGCGAUCGGCUUGAAGCUCCACGGCUCAUGUGUCGCGAUUCUCGCACCAUAUCGUCGCAUGGCAAACAAACCGCAAGGCGCGACACGCUCCGUCCUGGCAAAGAAGCCGACGUAUACCGUGACCGGCAUUUACGCUGGGUUACGGCAUCGCGAUCCUCUCCUUUUCGGCGUUUCGUGUAUGGCUGUCCUAUCCGACUUUCUGCCUAUGCUCUUCGCCAACGUCCCAUACGACCUCACGCAGACUCAGGAUAUGCACGUGGUAUGCGCACGCACCAGCGCUGGUGUCUUGGUUCUCAUGGCGGCCGUUCUCAUCGCCAGUAUGUUUAUCAGUUGGCCGACGUUCCCUGUGGAUCCGCGCAGCAUUGCGGGCGAGAUAUGGUACGUGGCCGAGUCGAGAUGGACAGAGAAAAUGGAGGACACGGCCGUGAUAACGGAGCGGGAGAGGAAGGUCGCGCUGCGGAGCAUGGGAGGUCGCUGGUGCUAUGGUGUUAUCCAGUCGAGCAUGGGAGAUCGGGAGGCCGUGGAGAUGGAUGACACGUACGGCAUGAUUGCCUACGCAGAGAUGGAGCAGCGUCCAACGCCUCUGCUGUACUAA